AUGCUGCGACUGCCCCAGCACCAAAUUCAAACCCCUCAUUGCCCUCGCACAUUCGCGUCGCAGCAACCGCCUCGCGACCAGGUCGCAUGUUCCCGACUAGCGCGUCGUCGGAAUAAUCGCAUCAGCGUCGGAUGGCAGCCCUGCGACAGCACUCCCUUCAGGCGACGAGGGACCGAUCAAAUUCACCUUCCCCGCUCGCCGCUUCGCCAUCCCUGUUCCUUCUCCCCGCGUUUCCCGCUCAUAUCCUCACAGCACCAUCCCGCCUCCGAUCCACCGCCACCCGCGGCGGCAUCAGCGGCCGCAGCAUUCCGCACCGCCGUGCGCCUUGGCCUGCUGCUACUGGGCGGCACGGCGGCAUUCGCGGCGGUCGGCACCACUGUUGCAUCUGCUGUCUUUGUCGCGUUGGCGUGCCAUCGCGGGAUGGAUGGACGGCCAGGAUCCGCUCCUCGCGACUGGGGGGCGCUGUUUGAAGGAGGAGGGGGCGGGGAUGCAGGAAGUGGGGGAGGGGGAGGGGGAGGCGGAGGGGGAGGGGGAGGGGAAGGGGGAAGGGGAGGGAUGGGGGGGGAUAAACAAGGGGAAGCCGCUCUCUCAAUUUUUGAGAUGUCUCAAGAAGAGGUGGAAGAUGCUGGGGGGAAUGGUGGAAAUCAAUCAGGGAAAGGUGGCACUGUCCCCAAGGGGAAGGUUGCACCACCAGUGUACGUUAUAAUCCCAGCUCUGAACGAGGCAUCAGCGCUUCCAAUCACGCUGCGCCACCUGGCAAAGCUCUCCCCGCCGCCCGCCAGUGUUAUAGUUGCCGACGGCGGCAGCACAGAUGGCACGCCGCGAUUGGCUAAAUCCCUGGGCGCGGUGGUGGUGGCUAGUGAGAGGGGCAGGUCGGUUCAGAUGAACACAGGCGCAUGGAAGGCGGUGCAGCUGAUGCAGGUGCAAUGGGGGGAAGCAGAGGAACUUGCUCAAGGAGGUUCGAGCAGCACGGGUCGAAGCAGCGGUAGUCCCAGCAACGCAAGCAGCGGCAUCCUUUGUUUUGUUCACGCUGACACGCUCGUACCAUUGGAUCUCGUCACAAUCCUGAGGAGGACACUGCAAGACCAGUCAGUGUGCUGCGGGGGGUUUGUGCCUGUGGUGGCUGUGCCGGGGCGGGUCUUCUGGGGCAUGUGCCUCCGGAAUGUGGCUAAGGCCUGGAUCCGAGCGGGUGUGUACCUGCAGCAGUCGCCGGCGCUUCAGUUCGCCGCCUUCCUCUGCACGCUCGUUUUCUCAAGUCAAGUCACCCCCUUCUCCCCCCCCCUCUUCCCCUGGGUUCUCACACGCUUCUCUUCCCCGUGCCUGCAGCGAGCGGGGGUGUACCUGCAGCAGUCACCAGCGCUUCAGUUCACCGCCUUUCUCUGCACGCUCGUUUUCCUCUGGGGCAUCACCUUCGCACUCUCCCCCAACCGCCUGCCGUAG